CCACCAGACAAAAGGGAAAAAGCCGUACUGCGAGUAUGGCGGUCGAAGAGGAAGGGCUGCGGGUUUUCCAAAGCGUCAAAAUAAAAAUAGGUGAAGCGAAAAACAUCCCUCCAUACCCAGGGCCCAACAGAAUGAGGGACUGUUACUGUACUGUCAAUCUGGACCAGGAGGAGGUCUUCAGGACCAAGAUCAUUGAGAAGUCUCUGUGCCCUUUUUAUGGAGAGGACUUUUAUUGUGAAAUCCCACGUAGUUUCCGCCAUCUUUCCUUCUAUCUCUUUGACAGAGACGUUUUUCGGAGGGACUUCAGCAUUGGUAAAGUGGCAGUGAAGAAAGAGGACCUGCAGCAGUACCAUGGGAAAGACACCUGGUUUCCUCUGCAACACGUCAGUGCUGACUCAGAGGUCCAGGGAAAGGUACACCUGGACCUGCGGCUCAGUGAGGUCAUCACGGACAGCGGGGGGGUGUGCCAUAAACUGGCUUCACGCGUGCUGGAGUGCCAGGGUCUGCCCAUCGUAAACGGACAGUGUGAUCCGUAUGCUGCCGUCACCCUGCUGGGACCGUCCAGGUCCGAUGCUAAGAAGACAAAGGUGAAAAGAAAAACCAACAACCCCCAGUUUGAGGAGACAUUCUACUUUGAGGUGACCCGUCCUCUCAGCCACACCAAGAGGCAGUUUGACAUGGAGGAAGAGGACGUUGACAAACUGGCCCUGAGGGUGGACCUGUGGAAUGCCAGUAACCUCAAGUUUGGGGAUGAGUUCCUGGGAGGGGUCAAAGUUCCUCUGAGGGCCCUGGGCCAGGACGGAGUUCACGACGCAUGGUACUACCUCCAGCCCAGGGACAAUGUGGGGGGGAAACCAGUGAAGGUGGAUGAGCUGGGCUCUCUGCGCCUCAACAUAGUUUACACCGAGGACCAUGUGUUCCCAUCUGAACAUUACAGCCCCCUCAGAGACCUCCUGCUGCACUCCACUAAUGUAGAGCCUGUCUCGGCAUCAGCUGCACACAUCUUAGGAGAGGCGUGUCGGGAGAAGCAGGAAGCAGCCAUCCCAUUGGUCCGUCUGUUCCUUCACUAUGGAAACAUAGUGCCUUUUCUCAGUGCCAUCGCCCAUGCAGAGGUCAACCGCACACAGGACCCCAACACUAUUUUCAGGGGGAACUCCUUAACGUCUAAAUGUAUUGAUGAAACCAUGAAGCUGGCUGGAAACCAUUACCUGCAGGUCACCCUCAAGCCCAUCAUAGACGAGAUCUGUACGGACCACAAGCCUUGUGAGAUUGACCCCGUCAAGCUCAAGGAGUCUGAAAAUCUGGAGACCAACAGGGAGAACCUACGUCAGUACGUAGACCAGAUCUUCAAGGGGAUUACAACGUCAGGCGUUAGUUGUCCAACGGUCAUGUGUGACAUCUUCUUCUCUCUCAGGGAAUCUGCCGCAACACGUUUCCAAGUUGACCACGACGUGAAGUACACAGCCGUCAGCAGUUUCAUCUUCCUGCGUUUCUUCGCCCCGGCCAUCUUGUCCCCCAACCUGUUCCAGCUGCGUCCUCAUCACCCGGACCCAGCCACAUCCCGAACGCUGACACUCAUCUCCAAGACCAUCCAGACCUUGGGGAGCCUGGCCAAGUCCAAGUCAGCCAACUUCAAGGAGACCUACAUGGCUGCGUUCUACGACUACUUCAACGAGCAGAAGUAUGCAGACGCUGUGAAGAAUUUCCUGGACUUGAUCUCGACAUCAGGGCGUUGGGACCAGAAGAGCAUUGAGACGCCCAUCAUGCUGAAAGAGGGAUUCAUGAUCAAACGAGCCCAGGGGAGGAACCGUUUUGGGAUGAAGAACUUCAAGAAAAGGUGGUUCCGUCUGACAAACCACGAGUUUACCUACCACAGAACCAAAGGUAACGCCAAAGGGGAAGGCGCUCUCUGCAGUAUCCCCAUAGAGAACAUCUUGGCUGUGGAGAGACUUGAGGAGGAAUCCUUCAAAAUGAAGAAUAUGUUCCAGGUUAUCCAGCCGGAGAGAGCGCUGUACAUCCAGGCCAACAACUGUGUGGAGGCCCGGGACUGGAUCGACAUCCUGACCAAGGUCAGCCAGUGCAACAGGAAGAGGCUGAGCACCUACCACCCCUCAGCGUACCUCAACGGCCACUGGCUGUGCUGUAAGACAUCUGCCGACACGGCGCCCGGCUGCACUCCCUGUACAGGGGGCCUGCCAGCCAACAUUCAGCUGGAUGUGGACGGAGACCGAGAAACAGAGAGGAUCUACUCCCUGUUCAGCACCUACAUGAACAAACUGGUCAACAUGCAAGAGGCGUGUGGCAGUAGGUCUGUGUAUGACGGGCCGGAAGAGGAGGAGUACUCCAGCUUCGUCAUCGAUGACCCCCAGGAGACCUACAAGACCCUGAAGCUCAUCGUCUCCUCUGUCCAGACACUGGAGCAGCAACACACCAAGUACAAACGAGACAAGUUCAAGAAGACCAAGAUUGGGAGCCAGGAACAUCCUAUCGGAGACAAGAGCCUCCAGUGCUACAUCCGCCAGCAGUCUGAGAGCUCCACCUUCUCCAUUUAGCCCCGCCCACCAACCACUGCCAUGAAGCCUGGAGCACCGCCCCUACAACAUGUGACUUGGCAACACUUCCUGAUUGCCCGGUCCACAGCUCUAUGGUGGAUACUCUUGUAACACCACGGACACUGAGCCGUCAUCCUGACUGGGAGGAAAAGGAUGAGGAGGGGGUCGUGCUCGGUUUCUAACUGGUCUUGUUUUCGAAGAUGAUGUGCUUAAAGAAAAUGCUUUUCACUGGAUCCAUGAUCUGGGUGAUCCCGCACUUUAAUCUGCCCCAAAAUGGUGGCGGAUCAAGAAAGCUACCGCCUCAGCACAUUUUUAAAGAACUGUAAUUCACUGCUCUUUUUUAUGAUUUAAGUGAUAUAUUAUUAUAGAUGUUAAGAAAAACUAUUCCUUUGUAUUUCAAGUCGUUCUGACCAAAUGCAGACGGUUUCAGCCGUGUGUUUUAGCGUCUUCACUCCUGUCGCCCAGAGAAAGAUGAAGAUGGAGGAUUGCAAGGAGACAGCCCUUGAUUUCAAACUUUAUGGCUCUGUUUCAACAGUUGUUAAGAGUUGUAGUCUUUGAUUCAGAGCUUGGUCCUGCUGUUUGAAGUUUUCCUGCUCCUCAUUGCCUGCUCCCUGUCUCUGGGUGAAAACUACAAGUCCCAGUGUGUAAAACUCAUUUAUUCUGUAUAGACUGAAAUGGUCCAAGUGUCAAAAUCCCCAGAAAGCAGUAAAAGGUGGUACUGGUUUAAUUUCUCCUUUCCAUAAGGAAUUUCAGAAUCACUUCAGGCAUGUGUUUUGUUUAGGCAUAACUGUGUAAAUCUUGUCAGAACAAGGGGACUUUUGUCAAUAUAUUUGCUUCAAUUAACUCUACAAAGAAAAUAUCUUUGCUUAUAUUAAGCCAGUAUUGAUGAAAGUGAACUUGUCUGUUUGAUAUUUACACAGUUCUCAAAACACACAGGUGCUUUAAGCCAACACGAAACGCAGACCUGAUUUAAAGUGCACAUAGAAAUGAAAAAAUGGUGUAAGGACACAACAAACCGCUUUUGCAGUUGUGUUGCAAGGUUUUAUGGGGUUUAUGAUUCAUACUAUUUCAUUCAUUACAUUACAUCACUUCUCCUGCUGUGAAUUUUAUCAAUGGUUUGGUCCAGUUGCAUACAGUAUUUGAAGGUACAGUUAUGCUUCACCCUUUGCAUUGUGGGAAAUGUGGCUCUCACUGGCCUGGUGUGCCACGCUACCAGACAGUGUGUCUACACACCCAGCUAUAUCCAUCCAUCUUUACCACUGGAUAACAGUUUAUUUCCAGUGUCUCCUUCCACACUAGUGACAAGGCCUAUUGAUUGGGCGACAGGGUUGGGGUGAAUUCCAUUUCUCCUCCAUGCUUUUCAUAUAGGAACCUUCAUGACUGGAAAUGGGUAUACUUUCUGAAUGGAAUGUAUAUUAAAAUGGAAUGUUCCCCCACCAUGUCAUGUGUUCUAGGAAUCUAGCUGGUGUGGAUAUUGGAACAUAGCCUCUGAGCUGGGUGUAGCUAGCUGGGUGGGGCUAGCUGGGUGGGGCUAGCUGGGUGUAGCU